AUGAAUCCUUUGGGUGCGCUGGGCUAUGUCGUCCAAUGGAUUGUCUAUGCAGGGCUCUACGGAUAUCAAGACUAUUACCCUUUGCUUACGGCGCUGCGACACGUGCGCUCUCUUAAACCCCCGACCUCUGAAGACGGAGCGGCAGGAAUUCUAGGUCGGACGAAGAACACAUCCUUUUGGUCGACGAUAUAUCCCACCAAAGGCUUGGGAACAUGGCUUGUUGGCGUGGCUGCAGAAUCCGCUCUCGAGCAUUACCUGCGAAUGCUUCUCCCAUCCUUCCUUACGAAAUGCUUUAUAACAAUCAUCAUCGCACCUCUGAAGUUCCUGUGGAUUCGAUCGAUCAUGUCCGAGCAUCCGAUACCUCUCAGCUCAAAUAUCAGACUUCUUCGUUGCGUCACAGCUAAGCAGUGGUUUCACUUCAUCGGUACCUUGCUAGCUUGCAACGUUGUCGACGAGAUACCAGGCCUUGUCUGCAAGUUCGGCCUUUUCUUGCUGUUGGUAAAGGGUGUUGAUGUCGUUAAGGAAUGGUCAAAGGAAAAGAUCACAACGACUGGAAUGAUAACCCUCAGUGUCUUCUCCACGGUGCAGAUAAUACACGCCGUUAUCAGUGUUCCACAGACGGUAGCGGGCGUCGAAGCCGCUCCUGAUAUAGAUGAGAUAGGAGAAGAGAGGAGUACACAUGAACUAUUGGUGGAUAUCAAGACAUCGUUGAAAAGCAUGAACUUUUCAUUGUGGUUCCGAUUCGGGGUCUAUCAUUGUAUCGCGUUUGUCAUGGCUCGCAUUGCAUUUGCCUCUGGGGCAUUGGGUGAUAUGGAAGUCAGUAUUAGUUGGAAAGACCCCCUAUAG